AAUAAAAAAGUACACUAAAAAACCUUUGGAUGUUAAAAAAGUUAGUUUAAAGAUCUUACUAAUCAACUAAUACAAUCAGAUUUGGUCAUUAUUAUUCUAUACCAUCUUUUUCUUUGACAUGGCAUGCAUUGAGAUUUCAAAUAGAAUAGAACUAACAACAUCAAUACUUAAUAUGCCAAAAAAAGACAAGAAAAUUUCAAGGGUCCAAAAAAAAAAAUAAAACCAUAUUUUUAUCCAUUCCAAAAACACUGCAUUUGUUUUGUCCCCUGUUGUUGUUGUUGUAUCUCAUUGUCUUUCCUUUCCUCUUCCCUCCCAAAUCUCACCAAUAACUGCCAACAAAGUCCAUAAUCUUCAUCAUAAAUAAAUACUCUUAGAAACUAUUAUAGAAAACUUCCAUUUUUGCAUAAAUUUCAUUUCUUUGAGUAAAACUUGUCAUUUUAACACCACUUUUUCUUCACAUGCUACCUAAUUUUUACCUGUAAAUUACAACCCAUCAAUAAUUCACACUUUUUUGGAGUUUCAUCUUCUUAGUAUUGCAUUUUUUUUCUUUUUUUUUUGCAAAACCCCAUUAAAAUUAAGAGUUAAAAAAGGAUCAAUGCCUAAUCCUUUGAAGAGUCUUUUGAAAUUCAAGGUAAAAUUGAAAUCUAAAUCCAAGUCUAAGAUUCGGACUCCUGCUGAAAUGGUUCACAGAAUCCGUGAGCUUUUGAUUCAUCUUAAUGAUAGUAGCAGCAAUGUUGAUCAUGCCCAAAAAUGGACUGAAAAGAUGGAAGAACUAGGUAAACUCAUUGCGGAUAUUAAAGUCAUCCUGUAUGGAACUAGUGAAACAGAACCUAUCCCAGAAGCUUGUGCACAAGUAACUCAAGAAGUCUUUCGAGAAAAUACUCUCCGCCUCCUCAUAAUUUGCCUUCCGAAACUGGACUUGGAGGCCCGAAAAGAUGCUACCCAAGUAGUAGCAAAUUUGCAAAGACAACAAGUUAAUUCACGUCUAAUAGCAUGCGAUUACUUGGAAGCCAACAUUGAUCUCAUGGAUAUUUUGGUCUCAGGGUACGAGGACCAUCGACUAGCCUUGCACUAUGGUAAUAUGCUGAGAGAGUGUAUUAGACAUCAAAGCAUUGCAAAAUACGUUCUGGCGUCACACUUGCACAAGUUUUUUGACUAUGUGCAGCUUCCGGAUUUCGAUGUAUCAUCAGAUGCAGCGGUAACUUUUAAGGAGUUAUUAACCAGGCACAAAUCCACUGUCUCAGAGUUUCUAUCUACAAACUAUGAUUGGUUUUUCAGAGAUUUCAAUACUAAGUUGUUGCAGUCGCCUAUUUACAUUACGAGGCGUCAAUCUAUUAAGCUUUUAAGGGAAAUCUUGCUUGAUCGUGCUAACUCUUCAAUCAUGGUACGGUAUGUGAGCUCGAUAGACAACUUGAAGGUUCUGAUGAAUCUCCUCAGGGAAACAAGCAAACCAAUACAAAUAGAAGCGUUCCAUGUCUUUAAGCUAUUUGCAGCUAACCGAAAUAAGCCACCUGAUAUUACAAACAUACUAAUAGUUAAUCGAAGCAAGCUUCUUCGCUUCUUUGGCGACUUCAAAUUGGACAAAGAGGAUGAACAGUUUGAGGCCGAUAAAGCUCAAGUCGUGAAGGAAAUAGCGGAAUUGAAACUUAGAGAAAUUCAAUGAAUGUCUUCAAGGAAAGCCAAAGAGUGUUCAGAUAAGAAAUACUCCAUAGAGGUUUUUCUGGUAGAUUGAGGGGAUGAGAUGACAUUAUAGAUAGUAGCAUACCUAAUAAUUAGUCUUUAUUUAAUCUAACUCUGUACAUUCUAAAACAUAAAUGGCCAGCACGGUGUAAAGAAAAUUACUAAUUUUUGAUGAUAUCAUGUAAUGAAACUAACUACACACUUAUAAGCAAUCUUACCUUUUUUUUGAUUUA